GCCCAGUUACGUCAAGGCUCGGGGAGAGAGGAACUUCAUACUGCGCUUUAGGAGAAAAGAGGCAUAUGGUCCUGCUGAUCUUAGUGGCGACGAGAGAGAGAGGAGGCCGGUGCGAUAGCCUUCCACUACCCGUGUGACUAUUUGGUCUGUCUGCUACCCGCUAUGCCGCUGCCUGUUGCACUGCAGACCCGCUUGGCCAAGAGAGGCAUCCUCAAACAUUUGGAGCCCGGUGAGAAACCAGAGGAAGAGAUCAUUGCUGAGGACUAUGACGAUGAUCCUGUAGACUAUGAGGCUACCCGGUUGGAGGGCCUCCCACCAAGCUGGUACAAGGUGUUCGAUCCUUCCUGCGGGCUCCCUUACUAUUGGAAUGUGGACACAGACCUCGUGUCCUGGCUCUCCCCACAUGACUCCAACUCCGUCGUUACCAAAUCUGCCAAGAAGCUCAGGAGCAAUAAUGCAGAUGCUGAGGAGAAGUUGGACCGGAGCCAUGAGAAGUCAGACCGGGGCCACGAGAAGUCAGACCGGGGCCACGACAAGUCAGAUCGGGGCCACGACAAGUCUGACAGAGACCGAGAGCGUGGCUAUGACAAGGUGGACAGAGAGAGAGAGCGGGACAGGGACCGUGACCGUGACCGUGACCGUGGGUAUGACAAGGCAGACAGGGAAGAGAGCAAAGAACGGCGCCACCAUCGCCGAGAGGAACUGGCUCCCUACCCCAAGAGCAAGAAGGUGGCAAGCCGGAAGGAUGAAGAGUUAGACCCUAUGGACCCCAGCUCAUACUCAGACGCACCUCGGGGCACAUGGUCAACAGGACUCCCCAAGCGGAAUGAGGCCAAAACGGGUGCAGACACGACAGCAGCUGGGCCCCUCUUCCAGCAGCGCCCCUACCCAUCCCCAGGGGCCGUGCUCCGGGCAAAUGCCGAGGCCUCCCGAACCAAGCAGCAGGACUGAGCCCUUCCCACACCACCACCACCCUGGGGUUCUUAAUAAAAGCUUUUUGGUGGAUCAUG